GGAGGGCGUGAUUCAACUAUGAACACUUGACUCUCAAGUCAUUUCCGCAUUAACCAGAACGAUCACGAUGGAAGAAUAUCCCAUCGUUGUAGAAGGAGACUGGGGGUCUGAACACGCAAAAAGUGUGAAAAAUAAACUUCAUAUUCACUUUCAGAGCAAGAAGAAAUCCCAAGGAGGAGACUGCGUCGUGCAAUAUAAUGACAAGAGCGACUCUGCUACGAUUCUGUUCAAAUCAUCUGACAUCCGAGAUGCCGUCCUCUCCCAGGCAGAACACAUUAUUACUAUUGACACUAAGAAAAUCAAGUUGAAAGUGUUCAAACCCAGCGAUGUAGAGGAACGAGCAGACAGCACUGGACACAAGAAGGAGCAGGCAUGUGGAAAUCAGAAAUCAAGCCAAGAUGACAUGCUUUCCAAGGAGAAACAUGUUAUUACCACUGAGAGUCAGAAAGAGUUCAAAUCCAGUGAUGCAGAGAAACAGGCAGACAGCACUGGACAAAGAAUGGAGCAGGCAAGUGGAUAUCAGGAACCAAAUCAAAGUGUCCUGCAAACAAAUUUGGAUGUGAAGAAGCCUCAAGAGUCAAGGUCUGUGGUCCUGGAAGACCUUCCAGAUGGUUUUAAUCAAGAUGUUUUGACUCUUUUGGUGGAGAACAUCACCAGUCUUUCUGAAAAUGACUUUGGCAUGGAAUUAAUACCGGAAUUAAGAAAAGCUGUUGUGACCUUUAAAAAUCCCAGUGACGCAGGAAAGUUCCUUGUGGACAGCAGGACACAUGAAAAGUUCAAGAAGAAUAAUCUGAGGGCCCGUGCACUGGAGAGAAGCACGGGUGUGCGGGUGGAGAACCUUACAGAUGAGGCCAGCAAAAACAAGAUGCUGCUGGAACUGUAUUUUGAGAAAUGGGGUGGUCCAGUAGAGGAAGUUAUCACAAUUCCAUCAGAACAAGCAGCCAUUAUUACCUUUAAGGAGGAAGAAGCCAGAGAGAAAGUUUUGAAGCGAGAGAAUAACAUCUGUGAUGUUCCAGUCAAGAUAUAUCCCUACUUUAAAUCACUGGAUACAGUCUUGUAUGGUGGAAACAGACCACAUUUGAAGCUGCCUGAUCCCAUUACAGUCAGUGUACAUCCUGCCAUCAGGGAGUUCCUCCUCAAGAAAGGGGAGAUUUCCUUUAUUAAAAACCAGAUGAGCUCACACUUCUGCCAAAUAAACAUGGACAAACCUGAAGCUUUGCUCAGUCCUGAUUCAGCAUUACUAAAACAGAAAGGAGUUACCAGAAGACACGUUGAUGGCUGGAGUAAGAAUGCCUGCGAUGCCUUCAGGAAAAUAAUGUCAAACUACACAACGUCUGAGUGGCCGGUAUCACACCCCUUGUGGUCUAAAGUGGAGAGUGAUGUUAAGGGACUGGUGAAAGAUAAGGUUUUCACAGAUAUGAAUGCCUCUAAAGGGAUCCUGACACUGGCGGGAAUGACCCAUGAGAUAACUGGACUGAAACUCAUCAUGGAGAAAAUUUUAGAGAGAGCAACAAAUCAAAUAGAGAUAGAGAAGAACAGUGUGACAGAGCAAAUAAAGAUGUCUCCUGCCUUGUACUCUCUGCUUUUACAAGAUGGUCUGAAAAGUGCUGUUUCUCCAAACCUACACAUUGACUACAACAAAAAAAUAAACAGCUUGGUUUUAUCAGGUCUUAAUACAGAAAUCCUCAUGUUCAAGAACUUUGUCCUUGAGAAGAAAAUAAAUAUGAAACAGAAGUCCUUAAAGAUUGACCGUUCAAUCCUGGAGUUCCUGAGAUCAGUGAAUUGUGAUGAAAUGUCCACAGAUCUCUUUAUAUCUCAUGGAAUAACUGCUGUCUACACAAUUGAAAAAGGAGAUGUUGUUGUGAUUGGGAGCACAGAAAAAGCACUUGUUGAGGCAGAGAAGAGGGUGAAUAUGGUUCUUACAUCCAAAGACCUCAUUAUAGAAGAUCAGGGUGUCCUUCAAAUGCCAGAGUGGCAGGAUCUCAAUAAACAAUUGCAAAAAUCAUUCAAUACAUCCAAAAAACUUUCUGUGUUUAUAAAUCUUUCACAGAGAGACAAAGUAAUAGUGACUGGAUUCAGAGAUCCAGUGAUGGAGGUCAGUGAGAACUUAGGAAGUUUCAUUGUAGAACACGCUAAAAUUGAAGAAACAGUUCGUGUCAAAUCACAUGCAGCAGUUAAAUUCAUAAAAGACAGAAAAUCACAAGACUGGCAGCAUUUUAUGAAGUCUGAUAAAAUUAAAGUGAAUUUUGAUUCCAAGAGACCCUGGAUCAAACUGUCUGGAGAGCGUGGAUUUGUCCAGCCAGCUUUGACUUUCUUUAAAGCGAUGGCAGAUUCUCUCCACACAGACACACACAUCAUUAAAAAGGCAGGAGCAAAGAAGUACUUCAAGGAACAGGGUAAAAUGAUGUUCUCAAUGCUGUUGAAGGAAAAAAGAUUUGUGGUGGUGCUCCAGGAAGAUGACAUGCUGGAACAGGAAGAAGAUGAAUUUACUGAACGCAGUUUUGAAGAUUUUGGCCAGGUCUCUUGUGAAGUUCGAAUGCCAGGUGGAGUAACUGUUACUGUCAGGAUGGCGGACAUUUGCAAGCUCAGUGUUGAUGCUGUGGUCAAUGCUGCUAAUGAAGAUCUGAAGCACAUCGGUGGUUUAGCUUUCGCACUUCUCCAAGCUGCUGGACCAUGUCUACAGCAUUAUUGUGACCUACACACAGAAGUAAAUGGGCCUCUGAAGCCUGGAGAAGCCCUCAUCACUGACGCUGGUCGUCUUCCCUGUAAAUAUGUGGUACAUGCUGUUGGACCUCGCUUUAGCGAUUCAGACAGACAAACCACUGUACAACGCCUGAGACGUGCUGUGAGGGAAAGCUUGAACCAGGCAUCGAGCAAAAACUGCUCCUCCAUUGCAAUUCCAGUUAUUAGUUCUGGGAUAUUUGGUUGUCCUCUUGAACUUUGCACUGAAUCAAUUGCCAAGGAAGUGUGUGAGUACAUCGAAGAUCAAAACCGCAGAGGGUCCAGUAGCACAUUAACUGAGAUACAGUUGGUGGACAAUAAUGGCAACACUGUAAAAGCCAUGGCUCAAGCUGUCCGAAAGGAGUUUGCUGCUUUUAACCCCAAAAUGACUUUCCCUCAUCAAACCAAACCUCAUGGGUAUAGUAACAAUGAACAAGGCUAUCGUGGAAAUGGUCGUGGCCGUGGCCGUGGACAUGGAAACAGCUAUCGUGGUCAUGGAAAUUAUGGUCGAAGAAACCAAGAGUUUGAAGGUCCCAAUGUCCGUGGUAAUAGAGAAUUUGAAAGACAAGCACACUCAAGCUCUGGUAGCAGAUCAGAUAGAUUUGAAGGAUUGAGUGUUCUUGAGACCAAAACUACAAAAGAGGGACUAAAAAUCAAUCUGAGCAAAGGGAACAUCCAGGAUGCAUGUGCUGAUGUCAUUGUAAACACUAUAUCGGAGGACAUGGACCUCAGUAAAGGUGCCGUCUCCAAAGCACUCCUUCAGGCUGCUGGUCAUCAGCUCCAGACAGAAAUCACCAGAACUGCUCGCUCAAACAAUCUGAAUUAUGGUGAAAUGGUCAUCACAGAUGGUUAUAACCUGAAAUGUCGAAAAGUCUUCCAUGUAGUUUCUCCAUUUUGGAAACCAGGCUCAGCAGAUAUGGUACUCAUUCAGAUCAUUAGAGAUUGCCUGAAAAAAGUAGAUACCUGGAGAAUGUCUUCAGUCGUCUUCCCAGCUAUCGGCACUGGGAAUCUUGGCUUUCCAAAAGAUCUGGUGGCCAGAAUCAUGCUGACAGAAUUCCAGGAAUUUAACUCUACAAAUCUUCAAGAGGUAACUGUGAUUGUGCACCCAUCUGACCAGGAGAGCAUUCAGUGCUUUACCAGCAUCUUUAGAAAUGAGAUCCAGGGACCUACCACAAAAAGACCAGAUCGACUUUCCAUGAAUAAAACAAAUAUUUCUGGCAAGUCAGCACAGACCUCUGGGCUUGUUGGCAAAGUCUCCUCUCCCUCUCUUGGGGUGCACACUAUGCGUCUGGGUCAAGUGACUCUGGAGGUUUCAUCUGGAGACAUAACUAAAGAAAAAACAGAUGCAAUUGUCAACUCCUCAAAUCCGACAUUUUCUCUGAAAGCAGGAGUAUCAAAGGCCAUUUUAGAUGCGGCUGGAUUACAAGUGGAACAAGAAUGUUCACAGAUUGUGGGAUCAUCAAACAUUCAGCAAACAGAGAUUGUGACCUCAGCCGGGAACCUGCCAUGUGGAAAGAUCAUCCAUAUUAUUGUACGCAAUGGCCCAUCUGAAAUUAAGAAUGUAGUUUUGUCUGUUCUGAAAUUGUGCGAGUCACGCCAGAUUACCUCUGUCGCCUUCCCAGCUCUUGGCACUGGUCAGGGUGGUGCAACACCAGCUGAUGUCGCAGAUGCAAUGGUUGAUGCAGUUGUUGACUUUGUGAAGAGAAAGAAACCUGUGCAUGUAAAGUUUGUGAAGUUUCUUAUAUUCCAGACAAACAUGUUGUCAGACUUCCACAAAAGCAUGGUCAGAAGAUCUGGUGAGAAUGUAGAAGAGGAUAAAGGUAUUUUUUCCAGAAUUAAAGACUAUAUUUUUGGGGAAAGUUCAGAAUCAUCCAAAAAUGAAGAUUUUGUGAUGGUGGGUGAGGAAAUUGAGCCAGCUGUGUUCCAACUGUGUGGAGAGACACCAGAGGACCUGAGGGAAGCCAAGGAUAUGAUACACAGCUUAAUAGUACGGGAGCAUAUGACCAUCCCAAUCCGUGAUCCAGCCAUUGCUCAUUUCACCAAGGAGGAUGUAGAAAUGCUAAACGGCAUGCAGAGGGAGUUCACAGUCAGUGUUCAACUCGAGAAGAAAGGACAACAUUCUGUCGUCACAUUGGAAGGCCUGACAAGAGACGUUCACAGUGCAGAGAGUCGUAUUCGGGACAUGAUCCGCAAGGUGGAAAGAAAUGAAAGCCAAAGACGCGAGGCAUUUAUGGUCAGCAGUAUGGUUAAUUGGCAAUAUCAGGAGAAUGGACGCAACCUCAAAAACUUUGAUAUGUUGACUAAUAAUGAGCUGGAACAGGCCUAUCAGAAGAGACAGCCUUCAGUGAGAAUCAAGAUUAAUAAUGAUGAAUAUGAGGCUGAUUUAGUUCGCAAAGAGGCCACAAGAGGGAGAAUGAGGAUUGAAUUGAUCAGAGUAGAUCUGAAAGAAGCAGCUGCAGCAGCAGCUCAAAGCCCUUUGCCUUCACACUGGGAGGACAUGAAAGGAAAGUCAGUUGUUCUGGUAAAACUCACAGCAGGCUCAAAGGAAUAUAACGAAGUGGAGAAAGAGUUCAGAAGAACCAAUCUAACCUCUAACAUCAUUGAAAUUGAAAGAGUUCAGAACAGCGCACUUUGGAGAAACUAUAUGAUCAAAAAGGAGGAAAUGGAAGACAAAAACAAGCACAAAAACAAUGAAAAGCGUCUUUUCCACGGCACUGGCCCUGAUAAAACAGAUCAGAUCAACCAUCACGGUUUCAAUCGCAGCUUUGCUGGGACGCAUGGAGCCAUGUAUGGAAAUGGGACAUAUUUUGCUGUGGACCCGAGAUACUCAGCUCAAGUCUACUCUAAACCUGAUAUCAACGGACAUAAACGCAUGUAUCUUGCCAGGGUGCUUGUCGGUGAUUUCACUCAAGGAAAACAAGGCCUUCCUGUUCCCCCUGCGAAGAGCUCCAAUAUUGCUGAUCUCUAUAACAGUGUGACUGACAACAUCAACAGCCCAACCAUGUUUGUGAUUUUCAAUGAUGUCCAGGCUUACCCAGAAUACCUAAUCACCUUCCAGUAAUGAUUAUGUGAUCUCAGUUUCUGUCAGCUAGUGUUUUUGCUGCUGUUUUACGUUGAUCUGGUGAAUCUGAACACAGAGAUAUGUGUAAUAUUUAUGUUUAUCAUAAUGCUCAUAAAUCAUAAAAACUGAGAGAACAGUCAUUUAAUCCUGAGAAAGUCUUUGUAUAAACCCUAGUACUUUUAGACUGUCCACCCUUUUUAGCUACUGAUUUUUACAAGGUAGCUGUCUGACUCUGAGAUGAUGAAUGGGAACAUGGUUUGAAUAACAUUAGUAACACAUUAUUAGCUGUUUGAUAAAAGUCAACCCAAUUACUGUUAUGUGUCUCAACAUUGUAGAGAGCGAUACAUAAAACGCAUUACGAUUCCGAUACAUCGACUUGUAGAUGACCCUAUAUAAUUUACUCUUCCUCUUCUUCUGAAUCAGUUUCUGGUUCAAAAAUAUAUGGCUGAAUUAAACCAGAAUUUGCACUUGCCA